GCCAUAGCUAGAGUAGUACUAGAGAGAGAGAUUGGGCGGAGACCAGGGAUGCUUACCUGCAGUGCCGUUGCUCCAGCUUCGUCUUUGAGGUACCUGCAGCGCAGCGCCAUCUUCACAGGUCGCUGAGCUGGCCGAAGUGAUUGCAGCGUCCUGUAUUUAGGCCGGUUGUGUAUUUAGCACAGUGUAGUCAAAAUGGGUAGAUCGAAAAAGUCAUCCCGUGGGCAAGUUUUGGCGGGCAACCCUGCCACGAGUGGGACUGCAGUAAACUCACCUUCAUCUCAGUGCUCCACAGCCUUACUCGCCUGGAAUGGCCCGCAGCAGAUGGUGCCAGGUGCAGGGAUGCAGAGGCCAGCUCCAUCCAUGUCAACAUGGGCCAAAGGAUCAGUGGCUGGAGUGGGAGGGGUUGAUGGAGAGUCCAGUUCUGACCGUGAUUGGCCGUCAUUUGGUGGAGGGAAGCUGUCAGCUGGAGGCCCGCAAGGGCGUGGACCUGUCUCAUAUGAAGGUGGCUCUGUGAACACACCUGGGUGGCCUGGAAAUUGCCCAGCAUCAUGCAUAAAGGGGGAUAUGAGGACGCAAGCUCCCUGGCAUGGAUCUGAUCGAGGACCGCCACCUGCGAAUUGCAUGGUUCCAGUGGGUGCCACUGACAGUGGGGCAGUACGCAGCAGGUCGAACAGUGAAGCAGAAGGGCAUGGCGUGGGUCCAAGUCAUGGUCCUUGGAACUCGGCAGCUCUAAAAGGCAGUUGGGGCAGUGGACAGAUAGAAGCGGCAAGUGGUGGAGGAUAUGGGAGCAGGGAGUUCCAGUUGGAUCAGACGAAGGAGUCGUCCUGGGGGCCUGGUCGGAGUGGUAAUGAUCAGCUAUGGUCUGUGGCAAGUCCUCGGACAGGGGACACAGCAUUGUUCAUCCCAGGAUCCGUGAGGCCCUCCAUAAUUGCUGGUGCCAGAAACAAGUUGUGCAGUGGUUCUCACGAUGAUGAAGCAGAGGAUGAAGACAAUGAGCUGGAAGCAUCUGAUGUGGACAUUGAUGAAGACGACGAGUGGGAGAUAACUGAAGAUGAGCAUAGGUGCUACGAAAAAAAGUUUUAUGGUGGAUUUAUGGAAAGCCUUCGCAAAAUGGACACUGACAGGUUUGACUCAUCUAGUUGUGAAGGAUGUUGUCCUGUGUGUAAGACAGUUGACCAUUUUGUGAAAUUGUCCUCCUUUGAGCAGCAUGCGAAGACAAAAAAGUCAAGGAGACGAGCACACCAAGCAUUCGCGAUUGCAAUUGCAAGAUUGAGGGAGGCGAGAGCGAAGGAGGGAUCAAGUAGCAAGUUGUCGUCGGCAGCACAGAUUUGGAGGUCCUUGGAGGCGAGCGCAGAUGUCCAAAUUGUCUGGCCUCCAUGGGUUAUUGUUCAGAACACGAGGAAGGACAAAGACGCGAGCGGCAAAUGGGUGGGGAUGGGUUCGAACGAGCUCCGGCCUCUCUUCAAACAGUAUGUGAUCGAGAAAGAGAAGCAUUCGUAUGGACCCGAUGGCCAUCGUGGGAUGAGUGCGUUGGAGUUUGAGAGCACCCCUGCUGGCUACCUGGCAGCUCUGGACCUCGACGAACACUUCCGAAAUGAGGGAAAGGGACGAAAGGAAUGGGAGUCGGCGAGAAGGGUGCUGAGUGGAUCAGUGAACAAUGACGGUUCCCAAAAGAACCUGUUUGGCUACCUGGCAACGGAGAAAGACAUUACAGAGUUCAAUCGUCACUGCAGUGGGAAGAAGAACCAGAGAGCAAUAAAAUACAACAUGGUCAGCCGGCGUGAAAUGGUCAUAGAGCCACAAAGGUGCAAGGACGAAGAGAGCCGAAAUAUCGACGAGUUGAAGUCCAGAGCCAUGAUUGCUCAGGAGACUGCUUACAGUCUUGAACGACAAAAGAAAGAGGCAGAACGACAAAAGAAAGAGGCAGAGCAACGAUACAGUCAGGCGACAGAGGAACUAAAUACUCAGAGGGAUUGGUUUCGCGGGCAAGAGGAAGUACACAGAUCUAAGAUGGAGGCGCUUCGGCGGUUCCAUGAGGAGAAGCUUAAGCAUGCACAAGAGGCACAAGAGCAGAAAGUCCGGGAGCUGCUGAAGAGACAGCAAAAGGCAGUUAAACGUGACGAGAACGAGAUUGAACAGCUAAUUCAGUCAAGGAACUUGACAGAAGAGCAAUCGUCGAAGUUGAGUGGCGAAGUGUUGGUUCAAAAGGAAGGGAAGAAGUUGAGGCCAGUCGAGUACAUGAGCAAGAAGAUGCCAUCAAAGAAGUUGGCGAAGUCCACCUACGAAAGGGAACUCUACGCCCUCUCUACGGCACCUGUCCAUUGGAGACACUAUUUGUUAGGAAGGUUCUUCUAUCUGAGAACUGACCAUCAGACACUCAAGUGGAUCAAGACACAUCCUGUUCUCUCUGAUGCACUCAAACGCUGGAUUGAAGUCGUAGACCAGUAUGAUUUCAAGCUAGACUAUGUGAAAGGAGAGUAUAACAAGGUUGCGGAUGCGCGGUCACGUGGAAAGGUCGUCAGCAAGAUCGACCUCAAGUCUGGUUACCACCAGAUUGAAGUCGACCCUGCUGACCAGCAUAAAACUGCGUUCAAAACUCACGAUGGCCUGUACGAAUUUAACGUCAUGCCCUUCAGUCUCACUAAUGCACUAGCCAUCUUCCAAAGUCUCAUGGACAAUGUGUUCCGCAGUCUGAUUAAUCGAUUUGUUGCUGUUUAUUUGGGUGACAUACUAGUCUUCAGCAAGUCGAUGGAGAAGGACAUGAGACACCUUGAGGAAGUGUUGCAGAUCCUCAAGGAUGCGCAGCUUAGGGAAAUCUGAGUUUGGGAGGGACAGCGUCAUCAACCUUCAACAUCUGUUGUCCGCCGCAGACCUAGAGCCCAAGGCGACCAAAGUCGACGUCAUCCGCAAAUGGCCUCAACCAACAAAUGUCCAAGAAUUGC